AUGGAUUUAGUGCUCGAGGUGUGCGACACUUAUGUGUUCGAUGGCCUUUAUGCAAAGAUUUUCCCCACGUCGUUGGCAUCUCACUUUACACCAAAGAUGCAAUCCUUGUUGAGGCUGAACAAAGGUAUUUGUAACAGCACGUUCCUGGAGGAGAGUUUGGUUACGUUGAACAGCAUUCCAAGGGUCAAUAAGGAUGUUUAUGGAAUCACGCCAUACUUGCUAGAUUUUACUCCAGCGACAUUCGCAUCACUGCUGCCUCGUAACAAUUUGUUGAGAGAGCUGCUUUCGCUAUGGGCAGUAGUGACCAUCUUUGGGUGGAUUCUUUACUUGAGUGCGGCCACUCUGAGUUACAUCUUUGUCUUCGACAAGAGCAUUUUUAACCACCCACGUUAUCUGAAAAAUCAAAUGUCGCUUGAGAUAAAAUUGGCACUAAGCGCUAUUCCUUUCAUGUCACUAUUGACCUGCCCAUGGUUUAUGUUGGAGCUGAACGGACACUCGAAGCUUUACAUGGAUGUGGAUUGGGAAAACCACGGAUUGCGUAAAAUACUUACCGAAUUGGUUUGCUUCAUUCUAUUUACCGAUUGUGGCGUGUAUCUGGCUCACAGGUGGUUGCACUGGCCGCGUGUUUAUAAAGCACUGCACAAGCCACACCACAAGUGGUUGGUUUGCACGCCAUUUGCCUCUCACGCCUUUCACCCAGUCGACGGCUACUUCCAGUCCUUGCCGUACCACAUCUAUCCAGUCUUUAUGCCAUUGAACAAGGUCUCUUAUCUGCUUCUUUUCACUGCCAUCAACUGCUGGACUGUUAUGAUCCACGACGGCCAGCACAGAUUCAACAACGCUGUGGUCAACGGUACUGCCUGCCACACUGUUCACCACCUGUACUUCAACUACAACUACGGUCAAUUCACCACACUAUGGGAUAGACUAGGAGGCUCUUACCGUAGACCGGAAGACGAAUUAUUCGACCCUUCUUUGAGAUCAAAGGAAACUAUGGAGAAGCAAAUCAAGGAGAUUGAAGAGUACAUUCAGUUGAUGGACGGCGAUGACGAAACUUAUAGAGAAUACGGAACGGAGGAAAGAUUGAAGAAACUUAACUAA